CAGUCAUGGGGGACGCCGGUGCGAGUUUUACGGUGAGACUGGCGCACAACAGCACUGGCACCGAGGACGCAUUGGACACAGACGCUCAAGACACCGUUGCGUCCGAGGAGUGGAUGGCAGGGAUGAGUUUGGUUAUGGGCAUUAUCGUCUUUUCUAUCGUAUUUGGGAACAUUCUUGUCAUUGUGGCGAUAGCGAGGACUCAAAGGCUACAAACCAUCACCAAUGUCUUCAUCGUGUCACUGGCGGGCGCGGAUCUCAUCAUGGGGCUUCUUGUGGUCCCUUUUGGCGCUGCGUUGGAGGUGCGCGGCGCUUGGAUGUACGGCUCGUUCUUUUGUGAGUUUUGGAUAUCUGUGGACGUCCUGUGCGUCACGGCCAGCAUAGAAACCCUGUGCGUAAUUGCCAUAGACAGGUACGUGGCCAUCACCUCACCUUUCCGCUACCAAAGCUUGUUAACCAAAGCAAGAGCCAGAGCGGUGGUGUGCGUGGUAUGGGCCAUCUCUGCGCUCGUCUCGUUCCUUCCCAUUCUCAUGCACUGGUCCCGGGACAGCGUGGACACAGCCUGCUACGAGGACCCUAAAUGUUGUGAUUUUGUUACCAACAGAGCCUACGCCAUCUCCUCCUCUAUUAUAUCUUUUUAUCUCCCCCUCUUGGUGAUGAUCUUUGUAUACGCACGAGUCUAUAGAGAGGCCAAAAAUCAAGUGAGGAAGAUCGAUAAGUGCGAGGGCAGGUUUCACAACAGUUUAACCGGACUAACAUCGAAGUGCAAGAAGAGGCCAUCUAAAAUUCUAGCGAUGAGGGAACAAAAGGCGCUCAAAACUCUUGGAAUAAUAAUGGGAACAUUCACAUUAUGCUGGUUGCCUUUCUUUAUUGUGAACGUGGUGCGCGUCUUUUGCGCAGAGGUGGUGGACAAGAACCUGUUCGUUUUCCUAAACUGGCUUGGCUACGUGAACUCAGCGUUUAACCCAAUUAUCUAUUGCAGGAGUCCAGACUUUAGGAAGGCGUUCAAACGACUGCUGUGCUGUCCCAGGCAAGCGGACCGCAGGUUGCACAUCAGCUCGUGUGACCUAUCCAAAUGUGGAGGCUUCGUGUUGUCCCCUUUGGAGCCUGGGGCACUGGGGAUGUGGACUGACUGCACAGGACUAGACAACAGCGACAGUAGCCUGGUCGGGGCAGCUAAACUUGCGCACUCGGAAUCCAAUCUUUAA